AAUCACUAAUUUGAUGAAUGAAUGAUACAGUAGCGUAACAUGAACAUCAUGAAAUCAUGAACACGUAGAAUCCAAUCUACUACUGAACAACACAAUUUAUGUCGGGAUAUAUUUAAGGAUUCCUUACAUUGCAUUACAUAAAAAAAAACAAAACAAAACAAAUUAAAUUGUUUGUUUUGUUGUUGAGUUUUGUGCGGUCACGUCACGUUGAAGAAAGAUGAAAAAAGAACAGCAUAUGCGAAAAAGAUAAAAUAAUAUGCGGAAAAUACCGUUACGAGAUCAUGCCACGUGUACUAUAUACAUGGCAACUUGCCAUAGCAUCUUGGAACCAUCCAUUCAUUCAUCGUCACAACCCCACCACUCUCUCUUCUUCUCUUCCCAUGGCGUUUCAUCACCAUCUUCUUCUUCAUCAUAUUCAAUUCCAUCGUUAAAUUUAUAUCUUCAAUCUCUUUCCUUUUUCAUCUCUCAGCUCAAACUACUCUCCACAACGACACAAUCUUAAUAACUAAUUAAUAACUGUGCCUUUGUGUGUGUGUGUGGGAGAGACCAAAAACCAAACCAAAUACGUUACGUUUCACAAACCCAUCAAAUAUUUUUUCAUUGGGUCAUUUAAAUUUCAAAUUUUGAUAUCUGGGUCGUUUCAUAUUUCUCAUCUCAGGUAUCGCUACUUCUUUCCUCUAAACUUGGAUCUGUAUUCAAGGGGAGUCUUUUUGUUUCUAAUCAUUAAUAUAAUUAUUAUUAUUGGUUCUUAGUUAGUAGUUAAUCUCCAAAACGUGAUUUUUUUUCCUUCUGUUUUAUGAUGUUAACGUGAUUUGAAAUCAUAAACUUACAAAGCAAAAUCACUGUGUGUGGUUUCUGUUGGAGAUUGGUUUGAAACUUUUGAGAGUUGUAUGAUGUGAUGUGUAAUAAAGGGUUUCAAUGCUUGAGCGAGUCUGAGACUAUAAUUGAUCAUAGACAGCAUUUUAUUAUGAUGGAUAGUCCUACAGCCGUUAGAUCGCCGGCCACAGCCACCACAACCGGUUCCGGUUCAAAUGAUGAUGGUCGGCGUGUUAAAUUUUUGUGUAGUUUUCUAGGUAGUAUAAUGCCACGUCCACAAGAUGGGAAACUACGAUAUGUUGGUGGAGAGACGAGAAUUGUGAGUGUUUCGAGAGAUAUUAGCUUUGAGGAGUUGAUGGGGAAGAUGAGGGAGUUGUAUGAAGGUGUUGCUGUGUUGAAGUAUCAGCAACCUGAUGAAGAUCUUGAUGCACUUGUAUCUGUUGUUAAUGACGAUGAUGUGGUUAACAUGAUGGAAGAGUAUGAUAAGUUAGGUUCGGGGGAUGGGUUCACUAGGCUUAGGAUUUUCUUGUUUUCGCAAUCCGAGCAAGAUGGUUCGGCACACUUCAUUGAUGGGGAUGAUCCUGAGAGGAGGUAUGUGGAUGCGUUGAAUAGUUUAAAUGAUGCUUCUGAGUUACGGAGGUUGCAACAGAUGGAGUUUCCUAUGAUUGGUACCCUCGAGGAUAUCUGUGUGGCUGAUCGGUUCAUUAAUCCUAUUGCCGUGGAAAAUGGGAUUCAUAGCCAGAGAAGUGGGGAACUAGCCAUGUCACCAUAUAGUUUGCAUCAUAUCCCUAUCCAGCACCAGCAACCUAUGGGUCAGAGGUAUAAUGAAAUUGAUGCUCAGUGGAAUCCUGGUUAUUAUUCUCCUAGGCAUCAUGGUCAGUGUCACCAUGACUCCAGAUCAUCAUUGGUUGACUAUCCAUCUUCUCCAUCUGGCACAAGGUACCAUGCGCCAUUCCCUGAGAUGCCAGAUAAGGGCAUUGAUAGAGUGCCAGAUGAGUAUGCUCGGCAUCACGUAAAUCACCAUCCUUUAUACGACAAUCAUCCACAGUAUCCUGAAAACGUUGUGUGGCUGCCAACUGGAGCAACACAUGGUGAUAAGUCCGGUUUUCCAGCCAACCUUCAUCAUGGUUCUCAUGCUCUUGAAGUGGAGCACUGUCGCAUGGGUUUUCAGAGAGCUCAACCACAUUUGGAGCAUCCUAAUAUGCUUCCACCUGUUGCCAUUCCAUGUCCGGAAUGCCCCUCAAGCAGGGAUGCUCUCACAGUGAAUGCUGAUGGCAAGUUACAGCCUACAAUGUAUCCGAAUGAUACUCAGAAUCAUGAGAGAGGAUGUGGUUUACAGCAUCAGGGUUCUGGAAGAAUGAGUGAUCAUUAUGUUGGCGAUGUUCCUAUUAUUAAUUUCCCUCCUGGUCAUGGUAGCAUGAUUGAUGGACAUGUUCUUCCUUCCAAUCAUGUUCAUCAACAGGUUGGACCUGAAUUGGGGGUUGAACUGUUCCCUGACCAAACCAUGGCUGCUAUACCGCAUCUAAAACUUCCUUCGUUGGAAGAACGGAGUGUGCAGUAUGGAAAGACAUCUUCUCCUUAUGGAGUAGAUAAUAAUUACGCUGUGCCUUGUGGACAUGCACCUGGUUAUACUCUUUGGAGAAACGGUCCGACUCCAGUUCAUAUUGGAUCACCACACGAGGCAACUACUCCACCUCAGCCGGUUGAUGGUGUGAUAAAUACUGGAAGAAUCAGGGGAGAGGGCAGUCCAGGUUUUUUUGUUGGACCAGAUAGUCAAAAUCUUUGGGUUGAUUCGUCACAGAAAUUUUCAGGUCAUGAUGGGCCAGCCAUCCCCGAAUACCCUUAUGCAAAUGCUUCGAAGUUGAAUCCAAUGAUCACCUGUCAGGAAAAUAAACACCCAAUUAUUUUAGAUGCCAUUCAUCCUCCACAGGACGUAAACGCUAGUACCUGCUUGGAACCUGUGCAGCUGCAAAAAUCUUCUCUUAAUAUGGUUCACAAUAAUGAGGUUUUAAAAAUUGACUCUCAUUUGACUGAAGUGAUCAGUUUGCAAUCUAUAAGUUUGCUUGGAGAAGGAAAAAAAACAAAAAAUAAGGAUAAUGUUGUUGCUUCUGUUGACUGUAAAAAUUCAUUUUCAAAACCCACAUCAGAGUGUCGACAUGUCGAAAAACUGAAUGAUAAGAACUGUUCUGCUCAUGAAGAUUCUAAGCAUUUAGCUGAUCAAUUCAAUAUCUUGCCUGAGUUAAUUGCUUCUGUUAAAAAGGCUGCAUUAGAAUGUCACGAUGAGGUGAAACCUACACGUGAAGAACAUGUCAAUUGUCAGAUUGAUAAUUCAAAUACUAAAGAAGAAACAGCAAAUGAAGUUGAACCAGUGAAUGCUCAUGGUGAUUUAGAAUUGGACACUGAAAACGACCAUGUUGUUACUUCUAAAAUCGAGCCUACUAAGGCCGAGGCAGAAGCAAUUGCUAGGGGAUUACAGACAAUUAGAAAUGAUGAUUUGGAGGAGGUCCGUGAGCUAGGUUCUGGAACUUAUGGGGCUGUUUAUCAUGGGAAAUGGAAAGGUUCCGAUGUCGCCAUUAAGAGAAUAAAAGCCAGUUGUUUUUCUGGAAGACCAUCAGAAAGAGCAAGAUUGAUUGCAGAUUUUUGGAAGGAGGCAUUAAUGCUGAGUUCAUUGCAUCAUCCGAAUGUUGUAUCCUUCUAUGGCAUUGUUCGUGAUGGCCCUGAUGGGUCUUUAGCAACAGUGACAGAAUUCAUGGUUAAUGGAUCUUUGAAACAGUUCUUGCAUAAGAAGGACAGAACAAUAGAUCGUCGGAAGAGGCUCAUUAUAGCCAUGGAUGCUGCAUUUGGGAUGGAGUAUUUGCAUGGAAAGAACAUAGUGCAUUUUGAUUUGAAAUGUGAGAAUCUAUUGGUCAACAUGAGAGAUCCACAACGACCUGUCUGCAAGAUUGGUGAUUUGGGUCUAUCAAAGGUUAAGCAGCACACACUAGUGUCCGGAGGGGUACGCGGAACUUUACCUUGGAUGGCACCUGAACUUCUUAGUGGGAAAAGCCAUAUGGUGUCAGAGAAGAUCGAUGUUUACUCUUUUGGGAUAGUCAUGUGGGAACUACUCACAGGGGAUGAACCUUACGCUGAUAUGCAUUGUGCUUCAAUAAUAGGAGGAAUUGUGAACAACACUUUACGUCCUCAAAGCCCAACAUGGUGCGAUCCCGAGUGGAAGUCUCUAAUGGAAAGUUGUUGGGCUUCCGAUCCUAUAGAAAGGCCAUCAUUUGCAGAAAUUUCCAAGAAGCUGAGGAGUAUGGCUGCUUCAAUGAAUGUGAAAUAGUAAAUUGAUCUUGAAACACUCAAUCACCCUUCUUACGUUAUAUUUAGCCUAGAAUUGGUAUAAUCGAAGGGAAAUAAGGUGAAGCAUCGUUCUUCCCAUUCAAGGCGCCGACAAGCUUAGCUUUUAAAGGGGCAAAUAUAUAUUUAAAGGAGUAUUCAACCUUAUACAAGCUUGUAUUGUAAUAUCAUAUCAUAUCAAUGCCUUGGUUUAGUCUAAACAGUCUUUUAAAUUACCACCUUUAAUGGUAUUUACUUAGUGCAGUUUAGUGCACUAUAGCAUGGAUUUUCUCCGGUAGCGGCAUGGCAGGAAUAUCAGUAUGUCACAUUUUUUAACGUGAUAAUCAACUGAGGAGGAACCAUGCUUCUGGAGAGAUGUGUAUAUAAUUAACCAACAUGUCUCUUGUGCUUCAUAUGGAGAGGAUAAUGAUGAAUUAUGCUUUCCAUAUACAGAUGGAACAAAUUCAUUUUGCUUUAUUAUAUUUAUAUGAUACAUAUUUUCAAUCAUAUUCCAUAAAAAAAAUUCAUUCA